AUGGUAUUGGGAAUUAGAACAUUGGAUAAAGGCUUUAGUGGAUUAAAUGAUUUAGGCCCGAAGGCAGCUUGUGGCCCAAUUGUUCCCAAGGAACUGAACCCGCCAGCAGGCCCGACCCCAGACUUCUUGAGGAGCCCGAAUUCCGACCCCGACCCAACGCUUUCCAUGGAGUCGGGCAAGCCCACCGGGCCCAAAGCCCCUUGUUCGCUCCCCUGUUGCCCUAGGUUUAUUCGCCUACUUAGUGGGUCGAGCCCAACUUGCUUUGGAGAAACUGGGCCACUCCAGGCCGGCCCAAAACUAGGUAAUGGCUGGCCCGAACUGUGUCUCCCUCGGCUUCUCGACUUCGCAGGCAAAGCAACGGCGUUCGAAACCGUCGGGGGCAGAGAGCUCCUCGUUGUCUCUGGACCUACCGGCGAGCCAGGGAGAGGAAGCUUCCUCGUUGCAGCGCCCGACACAGUGACACAAUUACUCGUCAAAGCAGGGGUGAGUAGAACUCGCAAACCAUAA